AUGGUUGUGCGUGUCCUCCUCGGUCCCAAAGCCAUUCCACAAUUUGCUCUGCACCAAUCUAGCAACAACCACCCAGUCUACCAUGAAGCUUCUCACCGCAGCUUUGCUGCCGGCGCACUGAUGCUUGCAGCUGUCAGCAGUACCCCCACGAUCCGCCAGGAGGCCGAGGAAGCUGAGUCAAGUAGCUGUACUCUGUCGGGAACCUACACGAGCGGUACCGAUGUGUCUUCAUGCAGUACAGUCUCCAUCAAGUCGUUAACGGUGCCCGCGGGUGUUACACUCGACCUGAGCGACCUAAAAUCCGGCGCCAACGUAGUCUUCUCCGGCACCACCACCUUUGGCACGAAGAAAUGGUCUGGACCCCUUGUCCUCCUGACAGGUACCAAGCUGUCUGUAAGUGGCUCUGGCACUCUGGACGGCCAGGGUGCCUGGUACUGGAAACAGGGCACGUCUAUCACACGCCCCGUGUUCUUCAGGAUGAGCAAGGUCAUCUCAUCCACUGUCAAGGGCUUCAUGAUCAAGAAUUCGCCGUACCGUACUUUCAGUAUCUUGAGCUCCCAAUCGACCACCAUCAGUGGGUUAACUCUUGACUCCAGCGACGGUGAUGACCUCGCUAAGAACACAGAUGGCUUCGACUUGAGCAAGAACACUGACAUCACCAUUACUGGCUGUAAAAUCUACAACCAGGACGACUGUCUUGCCAUGCAGUCAAGCACCAAUACUGUCUUCAGUUCCAACACGUGCAGCGGUGGCCACGGUAUCUCGAUCGGCUCUAUUGGUGGUUCUUCCAUCAGUUCAUCGGACACUGUAUCGGGUCUGACGGUGAAGAACAACAAGAUCGUCGACAGUGUUAACGGUAUCCGGAUCAAGACAAUUAUCGACUUAACCGGUAAGGUGACCGACGUUACCUACACGGGCAACACGCUGUCGAACGUUGAGAACGCGAUCGUGAUCCAUGGCGACUACAGCAAGUCAAAGGGAGGUUACACUGGCACGGCCAGUAGUAAGGUCUACAUCACGGACAUCACAAUUGACGGUCUCACGGGUUCGGCCGACCAGAUCUACGAUAUUCUGGUUAAUUCCAAGUAUGUGUCUGGUUGGACGUUUUCCGGUAUUGACGUCUCGGGCUCCACGGGCAGCUGCAGUGGCGAACCGAGCAGCGUCAACUGCUAA